AUGAGUUCUGUCAAUCUGCUUCCAUGUCUCGCUCGAUCUUCACCAUCGAUCUUCGGAAAGAGACUUUAUUCAAAGGCUCUAUUGCGUUCCUCUAACAGUACUCCUAUUCGACCACUUGUCCAUCACCAGAUAUAUCCGCAACGGUCAUGGUAUCGCACGAACACCCCGUCAUCGCAAGUCUGCCUGCGCGAAAGCCUCGCACUUCUGCCAUUUGACAAAUGGGGUUGGGUCAUUUAUCGCUGUUCCUAUGCCGACGACAAGGUCUGGGCCCAAUUCCGCACUCGCAUUGAGUCCAAAUCGCGCAGGGACAUCGCAGAGUCAGACGCACCUGAGAUUUCCGAUUCUCUGGAGUGGAAAUGGGUUGAAGAUCGAGCCACCUUGGAUGGAGCUUCGACCGCUGCGCUGCGGGACCGAUUCCGCGCAUGGGUUGUGAAUGAGGUGGCGCAACAGCCGGCUGACCAAGAUUUUGGGGACGUUUCACGGCUCAGGUACUUCAUCAAAAUUGACGAAGAGGUGAUGCAGAGCUUGCCUGGGUUUCUGGAAAAGCGUUGGUCGGCGGAAGCUUUUGUCAAGAUUGUGAAGGCUGAUUGGGAGCCAUUAUGCGAAGAGUUUGACCACGAAAAAGAUAUUUACGAGCCGAUUGAAGGCUGUACCGAAAAAGAUGUUGGCUGGAUGCGUAUCGCGCCUGAAAUGGUCAAUGCCGAGUUUUACUACGCAUUGGACGGUUACGAGCCCGCGUGGGACGACAUGUUCUACCAACGUCCUCCUCAUAUCGUUCUCUGGUAGGGAUCUGUGGCGAAAAUCACUGCGUGAGGAUCUUUUGGGUACCCAAAAUAUUGGUAUGAGCG